CGCAAUUGAAACCUUUCUAGGUCCCUAGAAAAAAUUGAAAUAAUAAUUUCUCUGGCAACAUGGAUUAGGAGGGAAGUUGAAAUAUUUACUACUAGGUAUUUGUUUUAUGGGUAUUUUAUAGACUUUGAGAAAUGGGUGGGAACGGUCAUGUGAUCCCAAGUACUCCCAUUGCUAUUGAUAUGUGGAAUACGAAACAGCAUCCUCAAGCUCGGAUAUUUUUUUUAUCACAUUUUCAUGGAGAUCACAUUGUGGGUCUGACCAGUUCAUGGCAGUAUCCCAUAUAUGCUUCUCCACUGACUUGUAAACUCUUAAUACAUAAAAUUAAAAUUAAACCAUCUUUGGUAAAAAGUUUAGAAAUUGGAGAAGAUCAUCUCAUACCAUUAGACAUAGAUAAUCAGGAAAUGGUGACAAUAACUCUUUUUGAUGCUAACCAUUGCCCUGGCUCAGUCAUGUUUUUAUUUAGUGGAUAUUUUGGUGAUAUUCUCUACACUGGUGACUUUAGGUACAAACCUGAAAUAUUUGGUGCCUUUCAAUUACCUCCAAUUGACGUACUUUAUUUAGAUAAUACAUACUGUUCACCCAAAUGUUUUUUCCCGACAAGAGAAGAUGUCAUUGAAAAAAUUCUUUCACAGGUCCAUGAUUGUCUAGUCAAAAAUGAUCGUAUUUUUCUAGGUUUGGAUAAUUUAGGCAAAGAAGAUUUACUUUUAGCAAUAGCAAAAGAGAGAAAUUGUAAGAUAUGGGUUAAUCCAAAUAGAAAGGAAGUUAUGAGCAUAAUAGGGUUUCCUGAUAUUUUUACAUCUGAUAAAUCAGAAACAAAGAUUUUUGUAGUACCGACUAAUCAGAUAAGCAUAAGAAACAUGGUGGAGUGGAAUAAAGAAAUGAAAACUCAUGCUAUUCUGGCAACAGCAAGGUUUUGUGGCUUUAACUUUAAACCAUUUUCUGCACAAUCUGAUAUUCAUGUUAUACCAUAUUCUAAUCAUUCAUCAUAUCUUGAAUUAAAGAAAUUCAUCAAGGAAGUGAAACCAGCUUCUGUAAUUCCAAUUGUUGGUAAACAUGUAAAGGGUAUUUUUGGAACAGAUAUAUCUGAUAGAGCAGAUAUGAAAGUUUUCCAAGAAUUCCUUCGUGAGUCAACAGCAUCAGAAUGUGUAAUUCCAGCAUCUGUGAAGAGGACUAUGAGUCUUUGUGAACUUAAUAAUAAUGCUUGUAGACCACUGAAAAAACGUAAAAUAGCAAGAAAAAUGACAUGGAGGAGACCUCUUUCUGUAGGCAUCAGGUAUAUUGUGAGUGAGGAUUCAGGAACUGAUUCUGAUCCUGAUGCAAUUCAUAUAGAAGGAGAAAAGACAUUAAUUUCUUGCAAUGAAGGGGUAUCUGAAUUUAGUUCUUCCGAAAUUUCUGAAAAUUAUGAUUCUGAAGAAUCAGAUUCUGAUUGGGAGGUUACACUUGUGACAGGCAAAGGUUCCCAAAAAGUUCCUCUCGUGAAAUGAGAUAGUUUAUUUUAUGUAUCGUGUGUUAUAUUGAAUGUUAUAUAUAACUUAAAACAGAAUUCUAUUUUACAUGAAAUUGAAAUUAUAUUUUAAAAUAUGAGGAUUUAAUAUUACUUGGUUCUUAUUAGUCAUGGUCUAGGAUAACUGAUUUUAAAUUAUUAAAUAUGAUGCUUUAUAUUAAAAUGGUAUCUGUUCUAUCUAGCUGUAGCAUCUCAGAACAAGACUGUUUCAUUGAAAUCAUUGCUUCAUUUCACCAUCAACAAUUCAUAGUUAUAUUUCAGGUACUUUGGCAAAAAGUUAAUUUUCUGCAAUUUAGUAUUAGUAACUUUUAAUCAUUUUAAAAUGAAAUAUUUCCUUUUUUAAACAGUUUUUGUGAUUUGGGUGAAGUUUUUUUAAUAAAAAUAAGUUAUUAAAUUAAAACCAUUAAUCAUUUUAAAAACAAUACACUUUAAUUUUUUACAAGAGAAAACUAGAAAUUUGAUGCAUUUGUUGGAAUUAUUAAAAAUAAUUAAUAUUGUUUUUAUAUACAUAAAAUUUAAUUAAAAAUUUUAUAUUGAACUUUAUGUAUUUAAAAGAUGCCAUUAUAAUUGAUUUGGCUUCAUUUUCUAGAUGUAAUAUACUAAAUUAUUUUUGGAAUGUUUCUUUUAUCUAAUAUUAUAUUUUGAAGGCAGCAAAUACACUUGAGUAGACCUAUAUAUCUUAAAAGAUAGUUAAGAGCAUUAUAACAAAUGGUCAUCAUAAUGAAAAUGAAUAUAAUAUAUAGUUGUAUCAGCUGAAUGUAAUAAAAUUAUACAGGAAAGGUCACUUUAAAGAAUGUCAGCUGUAAUUCUGUAUAUUGAUGAAGCAUUUUUAUGAUAGAUCAAUAGUUACGUUCCAGCUAAUAAAUUUGUUUCUACUGUAUUUUUUCAAAA